AAGAACUAAUCAUACGAGAUAUCAAAUAAAUAUUUUUGAAAUAAAAAUAAACAAAUUAAAUAGUAUACUUGAGGGGGAUGAAAUCAGAAGGGACCUCCGGUGUUCUCCGUCUUAACGUUCCAGUGCCACCGGCGGUGUUGAGAUAUUUUCCAUAUGGUACAGGGAGCGGCUCUGGGAAGGAGGACAUGAAACAGGAUGUUAUACGGCUUGGAGUUGAGCUCUCUGUGUAUGUCUCUGAAUCCAUGUUCUUGCUUUGUGAUGACAUCCGUACUAUGUUAUGGUUCUGCGCUACGUUAUGGAAAUGUGUUAUGCCUGACCAGGAUCACGUCUUACAAAGGCUGCUUCUUGUUAUGCAUUAUGUCUACUCCACAUAUAUCAAACCCAAGAACCUAGUGUAUCAUGAUGAUGGCAACUCGGUCCAAUGGGGAUUGAUCCGGACUACUUGGGAGCUUUUUUUUGAUGGAAUCAUCGUUUUGCAUCGCCUUGUUUUGGUUCUCAGUAGAAAAGAUUGCUCUUUUGAUGAUCGAGUAUUAUCCUCGGCUUUUGCAAAAUACAAGCAAGUCCUCAAGAAUCUAGAGGCUAUAUUGAGUUCCGCAAAGGAUGUUUCUGAGGCUAAUGGGUUUGUGAGGGAGACCAUUGAGUCUAACAUUUUUGACCUGUGGAAGUCUCUCUUCGAUGAAGAAGCUGGCGAAGCAGCACCCCAAGUGAUCAGGACUAGGAUUUUAACCGACCUGUUUACGCCUCUUUUUUGCAAACCAAUCCAUAGAGAGAUGCUGGCACUGUCUCCACAUUCUCCUUACAUUUUAGGCUUUGAUUUUGCAAAGCAGGAGCUGAAAGAGGAGGUUGUGCGACUUGGAGUUGAGCUCUCCCUAUAUGUGGCUGAAUCGAUGUAUUUGCUGAGUGAUGACAUUCGUAGCAUGUUGCGGUUCUGCUUGAAGUUAUGGAGAGAUGCAAAAGGAGACGUGUUGAUUCCUGAUAGUCCCGUGGUGGAAAGGCUGCUUCUUGCUAUUCAUUAUGUCUACUCAAAAGAUAUCAAACCCAAGCAUGGAGGAGUGUAUCAGAAUGAUGGCAAAUCGGUCCAAUGGGAAUUGAUCAGGACCACUUGGGAGAAUUUUGAUGCUGGAAUCAGAGAUCUGGAUCGUCUUGUUUUGAUUCUCAGAGGAGAAGGAACCUGUUUUGAUGGCAGAGAGUUCACGUCUAGAAUUGAAGAAGCACUGAAGAAGGUAGAUGACAAGUUGAGAUGUGCCAAGGCUGUUUCAGAGGCGAAAGGGUUUGCGAGAGAAGCUAUGGAGACUGACAUCGGUGACUUGUGGAAGUCUCUCUUUGACAAAGAAGCUAAGGAAGUGAUGAAGCAUGAGAUUUUUUGGGACCUGUUUCUCCCUCUAUGUAUGGAGGCAGUACCACAUUAACAAACUGCUAGUAGGGGAUAAGAGGUCUGUGACACUUGAAUUCCUAAUUUGGCUGCUCCAAAGGAAAGGAGGACUGUAUUGAUUGAUACCAACAAGUGAAGAGCAUCUCCAAUGGUUAUCUUAACAUAAUUUUAUAUUAAAAUUUUGAUUUUUGU